GGUCUAGCUUUAAUUGACUCAUGAAUUCAAUCAUUACAUUACCAAAAUUUUCACAAAAUCUGAUAAUGAAAUGCUUUGUAUAGUGGCUAGUUUAGUUUGUAAAUGAUUUAAUAGUAGAGUUUUCAUUCAUAGUUCUGAAUAGAUUAUUAAGAGCACCCACAUGAACUACACCUUUUUUAAAGUUGUUAUUUCAGGAAAUAGAAUGGAUCUGAAUAUAUUGAAAUAACAUGGAAUAAAUAUGUAUCCUGAAUAAAUAUAGUCUAGUAAAUUAGUGUUGUGAAUUGAACAGCAACCCACAUACACAAACACGAUCGAUCUAAGUAAUGUAGAAAUAUUCGUAGAUGGAAGUUCACAACUAGUCAUGUAAUUUUGUGUUAAAACCGAUUGGAUUAAAAUGGUACACUUAUCAAACACAUGAUUAUUUGGUCUUCCAAAGAGACCAAAAGAGUAUAACCUUUUAUUCACCAGUGAUAUAUAGACCGAUCGCCAUAGAUUGAUCUCAACUGGUGUAUCACUGAAAAACAGCAAAGAAUGGAUUCGAACGUUGUUGAUUUAGAAGGUACUAAUGAAUGUAAUAAUAUAAGUAAACGUAUUAAAAUUAUUUUGGUUGGUAAUUCAAAUGUUGGCAAAUCAAGUUUAUUAAGAUCAUUCAUUCAAGGAUCUGAUGAGAAUGAACCUAUUUCAACAGUUGGUACAGAUUUAAAAUUAUAUGAAAUGAGAAUAAAUAAUGAAUUAGUUAAACUUUAUAUAUGGGAUACUGCUGGUACAGAAAGAUUUAGAAAUCAUAUGUGUCCAUCAUAUUUUCGUCAUGCAGAAGGUGCUUUAGUAGUUUAUGAUGUUGGUUGUCAAAAAAGUUUUGAAGAACUAAAUAUGUGGAUUAAAAUGAUUGCACAACAUUCUGGUAGUAGAUUAGUUAAAGUUAUAAUUGGCAAUAAAAAUGAUUUACCAGCACGUGCUGUAAAUGUACAAAAAGCUGAAGAAUAUGCUAAAAGUAUUAAUUGUGCAUAUUUAGAAACUAGUGCAAAAACUGGUAUGAAUGUAAGACAGGCAUUUAUUACCCUAGCGAGAUUGAUUAUCGAAAAAAAUGCUCAACAGUUAAAUACGAUUAAAGAGAAUAAUGUUGUUUUACGUGAAAAAUCUAAAAAACAAGUACAAUGUUGUCAUCAUUAAAUUGAUUAUUGAAACAAUGAUACAAACUCUUAAUGUAAAUGUUAUACUAUGUUAAUCUAUAAACUAUGAAUAAUAUUGAAACUAUUGAACAUUUAACACAUUUUAUAUGUAUAUGAUAAUAAUAAUAAUAAUUCACUUUGU